AUACAUUUUUGCACUGCAGCGAAGCACGUACAAUCAAUAUGAGAACAAUUCUCGAAACUAUAAAAGGAAACUUCUGUUUCAAGGAUAGAUGACGCAGUGAUGAUUAUUGUUUCUGUAAUCGUUCAAAAUACUGUAAGCGGAAAUACAAUCAACGGACUAGAACGAAGUUGAAGGUUGUUUGGAAAGAUGUAUUUUGAAUGAAAAUAGUAUCUAACGAAAUGAGAAUGCAAAUCCUAUAGUAUUAUACAUUUCAUUUUCAUAGUACCAACUUUUUAUAGUCAUAUGAAAGUACUACUAAUUGCUAUGAAAUCUAAUAUGCUUAGAACUCUAACAUAGCUAAUUAAUUAUAAUAUGUAAAUUAAUUCAUAUGCAUAACAAAUACAAUCGUGUAUACUUUCUGUAAGCACUGUAAAUAUACCUUUUUUUGUUCUCCAUUGAUUGCUUCGCAUCUUUAAAUAAGAGAAGUUCGUAAUAUAGACUAUAGAGUUCUACAGUAGUGCUAGCCUAGAUUAACAAAGAUUCCAUUCAAAAAAAAGACCAUGUCUUAUACUCAUUAGGAAUUCCGGAGCAGAUUUCUUCAAGGCCAAUAAACAACAAAGGCUCUUGUGGACGAGAGCCCUUUUUCAGCAUAAUUCACUUCACCAAUAAGCAAAAUUGCUUAUUCUAUAUCUGCUCAACGCAUCACAUAAAUAGAGUCUUACGCGCAAACAUAAUAUUACCCAAUAAUUUUGCGGUGAUAUUUUUCCACUAUCGGUUCGCUAAUCGGUUUCAACGAUUUUUCGUUUCAAAAAAUUUGAAAAAUUUACCUGACAAGAUAUACCACAUACGUAGGUACAUGCUCUAACUCGAAUUUCGUAUCGCAAUGUUUAGUAAAUUCAAGCACGACCUUCGAGCGAUCAUUGUUACGGUAAAAGCGACACCUCGAAAUUAUUUGUUAUUAGCCCAUUGCCGGUCACGUAUUCAUUAUAUUGCCAUUAAAUGAACGAAGAAAUUACACCAUGAAUCAUAUCGCCCAAGCGUGGAACGCGAAAUUUUCCAACAAAAGCAGUUCGCCAACUUGCAAUAGAUUGCUAUCGUCAUCAAACAUCGCGUCAUCCACGAUGGUUCAGUGUAGUUCCUGGAGAUCUAAAAUGCUCGAUAAGGUGAAAGAAUGUCGUGAUGCGAUUAAGAACAUGGUAGCCUUCGAUAAGUCGCCAAACAGCAUUAAAACUACGCGAACAGCCGGCAAACGCCCAAGCAAUUCCUCCUUCCACACGAGAGCAACGACUUCUCUGUCCUCGAUACCGGAUGUCAUUACGUUCAGCAGCAUCGCGUUGAAGCAUAAAGAAUACGAAGACGUGCCGAUUCUAAUGAGAGACUCCAUAUUCAAUUCGGAUGAAUCAGAGAAACUGAACACGUCCGUGGAACCGAUCGACCAAACUAACAAUGCAAACGAUUCGUUUAACCGCUUCGUUUCGAUGGAUAACAUGAUCAGUAAUUCGUUGAAAUCGUUCCUGGCGCUCGAGGAGCAGGUAAAAGAGGAAUUUUUGGAACAGCACGUUUCCUCGAUCAAAAAGAAAAUUUCAGCGGAACCGUUUCUUUCCUAUGCGGAAGGCAACGCAGAAUUCAUUUGGACAGACGACACAACGGAGGAGAGUUUUUUUGGUAAGGCAUGGAAUUCUCUAGAACACUUGGACACGGUCGAUAUCGGAAAUCCACGUAGGAACUCUACAUUUUAUGAAGAUCUUUGCCUGCACAAUAAUCGUACUUCUUCCCCGAUUCGAAGUCAUCCGUUUCAAGAUUCUGGCUUUGAAAAUAAUUUCUCCAUAUAAGUUCUCACUUAUGAUUAUUUAUUGAAUAUUUCUUUUUUUUUAUGUUUUUUAUGUAUUGAACCUUUUGUAAGUUUAGUUCGUAUUUAGAUCAAUAAAGUUUAUUAGAAUGAA